UAGUUGAAUUUAGUUUUGAUUGUUGAAUGGAGCCUCCUAGCUACGAAGAAUCCCUGACUCACUCGCCCUACAUCGGAGGAGCUUCUGACACUUCAUAUGCGCAGCCGCCAUCAUUGCCAUAUCCAGGAAGAGCUCCACAAGGAUUGGUAUGUCCUCCGCCAUUAACAGUGACAAAUAACCAACCUUCGUCUUCUGGUGCGCAAGCGCAGACGCCUUCAACUGACCCUGAAGCUGCAGACUUUGAAGUUGUGAGCUUCAACCCAGUAGCCGGUGUGACUAUCGGUGAUAGUUCACCCUAUUUUUAUCCGUCUGUGGCUCCAACAGCUCCACCUGCGCCUGCAAACUAUGGUCCUCAAGCAGAGCCAAAAGCUACUUCAAAUGGAUAUCAGCAAACAUCAUCAUCUUGUUUUCCUCCCGCGGCCUAUGCUCUACCGCCAUUUGACAAAAGCUACUACAUGAACAUUAUCACGGAGGAACAAAUUCUCAAUUCGUUCGACGAACAUGUCAAAAAGAAAAGCUGGUUCUUCAACCGACCGAAAAAUCCACGCCGAUUCGUAUCCAUCAAAAGUUUCAUAGUCGACUUCAGAUUGAGAUACAAAUUGAGCACAUAUGUCGAGAGCCGCUCUUUUGUGACGAAGACAGAGAAAGUGUAUGGCAGGAAAAUGCCCCAAGUGGCCAAUUGUCAGCCCAGCAGUGAUCUGUGGUCGUACGAUCUGAAACCAGAUUCGGAAUUUUGGAAAGGAAACAAGGAAAAGGUUAUCCAGCAUACAGUUGAGAAAUGCGACAAGUGUUUUGGACUGAUGCGGAAGAAGUGCUUCGCCUGUGACACUAGUGGAAAGGUCACGUGUUUUCCCCAUAAUGUUCAAGGCACGUGUGUGAGGUGCAAUGGUAGCAAUUUGAUUACUUGCGUCCAUUGUCAAGGAAUGGGUUCCGUGAAGUGUGACAAAUGCGAUGGAAAUGGUGCUAUGAGACUGAUCAAAUCAGUUGUGGCCCAAUACGAAGUGAAAGAGGGGUUCCAUUUCGAAGGCGAAAAAGUGGAGGUGCCGCAGAAGAAGCUAGAAGGGGUAUCGGGGGGAGUUAACAUGUACACUUACGAAAGCCCUCCCCCUAUCCAGCCGCUGCCUCCUUACAGUGGAUCGACAACCAUGAAUGAAUCUGCUAUGAAUUUGCUGCGCGAACAUUAUGAUAAGUUCGUACAAGCUAGCAGAGAGUCGGCACGUGUUUUAAAGCAGAAACAGAGCUUGAUUGCCAUUCCAGUUACGACUGUUGAGUUGGUUUAUAGAGGAAAACACUACAAAUUGUGGAUUUAUGGCACAGAAAUGUCUAUUCAUUGCCCAGCAAUGGAUGCGUGUUCAAUUUUGUAAAAUAAAUAUUCUUUCAUAUCUAUAAACAGUUCAGUUGUCUCCUAAUUUAUAAUUAGGAGUGGUAUCAUAUCAGUUUUCAUAGAAAUUUUACAAUUUAAAUGAUUGGCUUUGAAAAAAAGAAGAUUGUAUCGUAUGGAGAUAUGGAUUUUUUGGAUCACGCAGAGAUUGUUUUGAUUAUCUUAAAUUAAAAUAAUUCUUUCUCAUUGGGGUGAACUAUAUUAACUGAAUGCACUAACUAAGAAUUACACGAAUUCAAUCCGUGAUUAUCAAUUUGUGAUUUAUACUGUUGAAAGAAUUAUCAGCUCAGAAAAUUUCGAGAGAAAACAAAACCUUAAUUUUGACCGCUCUUCUGUGAAAUUGUCAGCCUUUGAAAUUUGGAUAAUAGUGGAAUUAUUAAGCAAUAAUUUUUUUCCUGUUUUUGAUAAUCUGUCUUCGAUUCGUUUGAAAUUAAUUCGUAUUCUGGGUGCCAUUCGAUUUGUUUUAAUUAUGGACUAUUUUGCGUUGUCAUUCCUUCAAUUCAUUUGGCUGUAUGCGGUGCUAGUUAAAGCUGUAAAUAUGAACAUCAUCAACGCUUGACCGUUUUAGUUUUAGCAAUGUUUUACUAAGAGAACAUUACUGGUUACUCUUAGUCGUAAGUUACCUCUUAACUCUCCCCGUAUGUUGUACUUGGGUAGUCUUAGACCGGCUAUGUCAUAAAUUAUUGUUAGAAAUUAGAAUUAAUUAAAUAAGCAUAAAAUGGAUAUACCCGGUAGUAUAAAUAAAUUAAUUAAAUAGCAAAUCCUUAUAUUGCCAAUGGGGUGGGGAAACUAAUCUUUUAAACCGUUUUUAUUUACCAUACUUAUACUGGGUUAAUGAUUGUGCGAUGAAGUGUAGUCACUGGUUGCUGAUUAUUUGGUUUUUGAUAAUCUUUGUCCGAUCUCCGGGUUCCGCUGCCUUUUCUUGAUUUUUGUCUCGAAGUUUGAGAAAAAGUUAGCACAUUUUUAAGUCUUCUCAGAAUAAAUCAACUGUCUGCUAUGAAGCUCUGCCGAUUUUAAGUCGCUUUCUUUCUUUACACUUGCGAAGCGAGUGUAUUAGUACGAACCUUCUUUUUUUCCAACCUAAGUCAUAAAUUUUUGUGCCACUCUUGGGUGUUAGCAAAGUUAGUGUGGAUGCCUUCAGUUUGUUAUAUUCCAAAUUGUUUCAUGCAAAAUUGAGUCUAUUUGUUUUUGGUGCCACUUUUGCUGUACGGCAUUGUCAAGUUCUUUGCAUAUGAAGCUGCUUUAUUCGUGACUAGUGUUUGUCGGUUGUUAAGCUUGUGUGGCUGAGUGGAUAGUGCGUGAGACUCAAAAUCUAUUGAUAGCAGUAGGUCGCAGAUUCGAAUCCUACGCGUAGACGAGUUUUCGCUACUUCGAGGCUUAUUUCUACUUUUCUUAUUUUACUUGAUAGAGCUGGUUUUUGGUCGUGUUCCUGCAAGUGUUUGCGAAGCACAGCUUUGCCUCGGUGUAAAAAUUAUCCAUAAAUUCUACGACAAAAUUAUCUAGUCAGAUUUUGGAGUUAUAACUUUGCCCAGCAACAUGUUUUCUCAGCAGCAAGGCAUCAAUAAUUCGCAUUCCAACAUUCCCACAUCUUUGAGAACUCACUUUGUUUUAAUUAAUUGAAAUUGAAAUUUUUUUAUAUCUGAUGCCAAUAUUCAUUCUAUUUUUUGCUUAUAUUUCAGUUAAUUAAAUUUAGUCUUAGACAUUUU